UUUGGGAAACGAAACUCAAGCUGAAGAAGCAUGAGGAGAUCGAUUUCUUCAAAAGCGAAGUCGUUUCUUCAUCGGAAUCUUCUGGAGAAAGGUAAUCCCGGUACUUCUCCGUCGUCUAGCAUUUGCGAUUUCUGUUUCUCGAGACGACGAGCUUAUUCUGGUGGUGGCAGUGAUUACCGAGAGAUAUUGAGAAAUGGGCUUCGCUAUAUGAAAUUAGAUGAUUCGCUUGAGCUCUUCUUUCACAUGGUUCAGUGUCGUCCUCUUCCUUCAAUUGCCGAUUUCAGUAGAUUAUUGAGUGCUAUUUCCAAGAUGAAGAAGUAUGAUGUUGUGAUCUAUCUCUGGGAGCAGAUGCAAAUGUUGGGCAUUCCUCACAACCUCUAUACCUGCAAUAUUUUGUUGAACUGCUUCUGUAGAUGCUCUCGAUUCUCUCUUGCGUUAUCGUUUCUGGGGAAAAUGAUGAAACUUGGUCAUAAACCCAGCAUAGUCACGUUUGGUUCACUGCUCAAUGGAUACUGUCGCAGGGAUAGGAUUUACGAUGCUUUGUCUAUGUUCGAUCGAAUGGUGGAAAUGGGAUAUGAACCCAAUGUUGUAAUCUACAACACAAUCAUUGAUGGUCUCUGCAAAAACAAUCAGGUGAAUAACGCUUUGGAUCUUUUGAGUCAAAUGGAACAAGAUGGAAUCAGACCGGACGUUGUUACCUACAACUCUCUCGUAUCUGGUCUCUGUAAUUCCGGUAGAUGGAGCGAUGCUACACGAAUGGUAAGGUAUAUGAGCAAGAGGGAAAUCAACCCUGAUGUAUUUACUUUCAAUGCAUUGAUCGAUGCUUGUGUAAAAGAAGGAAAUCUUUUAGAGGCUGAAGAAUUGUACGAGGAGAUGAUCCGAAGAUCUCUGGAUCCUGAUAUUGUCACUUACACUUUACUCAUCAACGGGCUUUGCAUGUACAGUCGUCUAGAUGAAGCAGAGCACAUGUUCGAUUUCAUGGUUAGCAAACGUUGCUUCCCUGAUGUAGUAACGUAUAGCAUUCUCAUUAAUGGGUAUUGCAAGUCUAGGAAGGUAGAGCACGGGAUGAAACUCUUCUGCGAGAUGCCUCAGAGAGGAGUGGUUAGAAAUACAGUCACAUACACAAUUCUUAUUCAGGGUUAUUGCAGAGCGGGUAAGCUUAAUGUUGCCGAAGAAAUCUUCAAACGGAUGGUAGUUUGUGGUGUUCUUCCUAAUAUUAUCACAUACAACGUUUUGUUACAUGGUCUAUGCGAUAAUGGGAAGAUAGAGAAAGCAUUGGUGAUAUUGGAGGAUAUGCAAAAGAGUGGAAUGGAUGCUGAUAUAGUUACAUACAAUAUCAUCAUCCGCGGGAUGUGUAAGGCUGGUGAGGUGGCAUAUGCUUGGGAUUUAUAUUGUAGCCUCAACCUCAAAGGACUUGUGCCUGAUAUUUGGACAUACACUACAAUGAUGUUAGGAUUGUACAAGAAAGGUCUACGACGUGAAGCGGAUGCACUGUUUAGAAAAAUGAAAGAUGAUGGGAUUUUACCAAAUGAACCCAAUGUAUAGUGAAGCUAGUUAGGACUGAAUGCAUCAGCUUAAGUAUCACAGGGGAGCUUGCAAGAUAUUUAUUUCCGGGUCAGGCUCCUUACCAUGAGAAUCUUGCCCCUGGAAAGAUCAACUCAGAUCUUUCAAAGCCGAGCUUGGGAUACUAUGAGAUGAGCUAACACAUGUUCAUAUUUAUUAGGAGAGUACAUAGAGAUCAUGAAUAUCAGCGCGUAAGCUGCAUAUCGUAUCCCAGGGGAUUUACUAAUAGACAUUACAGCGUCGAAGCUCGCAUCAUAUAUGUAUCCUGUUUCUCUCCUAGAUGAUGUGUGCCCUUGAAAUGGAAAACUCAGGUCUUUCAAAACCAAGUUGGGAUUCUUUGAGAAGAGCUGAAUUAUAUCAUUUGAAGCCAUGCUCGCAAGUCCCUGACUUAUCUCAGUUUAAAAUUGUACAUUCUUUCUUAUACUGUAUACCAAUCCAUUGUUUUAUGUAUUCUUUUACAAAGCUUCUGUAUCAAUUUUUUUGUCUGUACUCUUACAAAGUUCCUGUACCAAUUCUCAGGUUUCACUUGAUUCAAGCUUCCAGAUAGUGUUGUAAGAGAACCAUUUUACUUUAUG